AUGGGCAUGUGGUCGCGGAUCGACCGUCUGGCCAGCUGUCCCUCCACCGGAUUCAGCACGGUCCUCGACGACAUCAGGCUCUCGCGCGAGGCUCGCACGUCCGGCGGCGCACUGUUAUCGGAACUUUGGCGCCGCGCUCGAGGCAUCCGCGAGGAGAGUCUGUUCUAUGAAAACGCAGCAGAGUUCAUAGCGCUCGAGACGGAAAUCAAGCGGUUUGUACGCGCCAACCACACUCUCGGCAUGCACCCACCCCAUUACGGUGACGUCUUGAGCAGCGUUGCCGACAUUCUUGGCCUCAACCUCACGGCGGACCUCCUGCCUCCGCACGGCGACGGUCCACUGCCGAUCAUGGCGGACGGGCCGGGAAUGGAAAGCGUAGACCACGAAUGCGAGAGCGAUCCUAACUGCCUGCGACGUGGCGCCCUCAAUACGUACCGGAGGCAUGCAAAUCGCACACUUGAAGCGUCGCCGCACCUCAUCGUCAGUGAUGCCACGUUUGAGCAGGCGAUGGCGUACUACCAGAAGAACCUUGUCCCUUCCAUCGUUGUGCGGGCUUACGAUCUCAUGUCCGGCCCUUCGAACUCCUUCGAGCACGAUCUUGCUGGCUUUCUGCGCACCGUCCAGCAAAUGUGGGACGCCGCGACGCGUGAGGUAGAGCGGGAGGAGGAAGACGCAGCAGCUAAAGAUGAGACGGUGGCCUUGAGAGGCGCGAAUAUCACCGAUUCGAGCAAGGGUAGGAGUGCAUCGCCAUCGCUAUCGAAGCCAUUUCUGCCCUUUAUCAAGGUGACCGACUUCACAGGGCCGCCGAUGUUGAGCCGCGCCCACUCUCUCUUCCACGACCGCCCUGAGCCACCGUUGCGCGGCAGCGGCAGCACGCGCCAGCGACCCCUUCAUCGUGUGCUGCCCGCAGCCAUUGUGUACCACACCAGCCCCAGCUGCGCGAGUUGCGAGGUGUACGAUCGCGCCUUCGACCUGCUUCCCAGUCUUUUCAAGGGCCUGUGCAGUCGCCCACAUGUUAGCAUGGUCAGCUGCAGCCCGCUUACGCUCUUCCUGCGCACCACGCAAAUCAGCGCCUUCGAUCUGGUGCCCUCAAUGGACAUAUAUGCGCGGCUGGUGUACUCGCGAGAAGCGGUGCUGCGGACAGCCGACGCAAGCGGUUUUUUCUUCUCCGGCGGCAGCGCCGAUGCGGUCGACGAUGAUGAUGCGGCGGACGACGCGCGCUUCUACAGUCUCAAGUCCAAAUACGGGUCACAUCGGCACGGUAUCGAGCGCGAGGUGCUGCCGCGGGACCAGUUCACACCGAAUUAUGUUUCUCUCCGUCAAAUAUCCGACGGGACGAGCGUCGAGGAGGUGCUGACGAGCAUGUUCGCCGAACUGGUCGAGCACGGAGUUGUGCAGUUUGCAUUCAUUGGCAAGUCGCAGCUGAACCGCAUUUUGAAGAAAAACCAAGAGGUGCUGGAGAAACUGGAGCAGCGUCGGCGUGAGAAGGAAGGGAAUGCGAAAAACGGCACCGACGCAGGUGCCGCGUCAUCGCCGCCGACGCCAAACCCGGAGGUGGAUCCGGAGUACCAGAAGGUCGUCACGUUCCACGAUUUGGCCGCGGAGCUGGUGUCCUCCUACAUCAAGUCGCACUUCGGCGACGUGACCCCCUCCAUGACUAACCAGGUAUGGCCUCGCCCCAGUGCGUGGCCCACCGCCUCCUCCUGGUGGCUGCUGUCGUGGCUGAUCAACGCCGUUGCUGCGUUGUGGGAUGGCGUUUGGUUUGAGCUGGAGCGUCCCCUAGUCCCCAUACUUUUCAUGCUUGUGUUCACCGCUCAACUGUUGUGGAAUCGCGUCGAGCAGGUGACCUACUGGUGA